AUGCUGCGGCAAGAGGCUGCACGGCAUGCGGCUGUGCCGUCGCACCCUUACGCUGCGGAGACGCAGGGCGACUUUGCUCCGUCGCUGGCGACCGCGGCGGCGGUGGAUCCGGGUUGCCUCGAACGGGCCUGCGCGGCGCGUUGCAUGUGCGACGCUGCCUGCGUCGCGCCCGGUGCACCGCUUGUGCGGCCGUGGUGGCGCCGAGGCGUGGCGGGGCCCGGCCCGGUUUCUGCCUUUUUCGCCCCCGCACGGGCCGCGCCGUCGCCGCUGCUGCGUGCCGGCGAGGGGGCGGGGCUGCCGUGGUGGGAGUCGCGCGACCCGCCCUCCACGGCGUGGUACCAGCUGAACUACGGCCUCCCCGCCGCCUCAGUCCCGGCGGAGCAGCCGUACAACAUCACGGGAGACGCGACGGCGUCAGAGGCGAGGGGCGGUUUCGCUUUUUUGCCGCCGCGUGCCGCGGACGCUGCCGUCGACGACGGCCCCGCACCGCCGAAGGAAGAGGAGGAGGAGGAGAGCGGCGGGGUUUCUGCGGAGCUGCUGGAGCUGCGGCGCCGCGUAGAGGCGGUGGAGGCGAUGUGCUGCCGCCGCGACGUCGCCGGCGACGAGGAGAGGCGGGGCGCGGGAGCAUCGGCCGCGGCGGCGCAGCCGUCGUUGCCGGAAGCCCCCAUCGCAAGCUCGCCGCCGUCGCCGUCGCCGUCGCCGCCGCGCACGCCUGAGAAGCCUGCCGGGAUAACGUUAGAUCGUCUCAUGAAGGCCGUGCGCCGGGCCCGGGAGCGGGCGAAGGAACAAGACAGGCAGCAGCUACUGGCCUCACUGUGCUCGGAACCCGGGGGAGCACCCGGGCCCGCCUCGGCGCUGCAGGCAACCGCAGAAGGCACUGCGCCGCAGCGAGCGCCACCAAAGACGUAG